CAAUUUUCGGCCCGUUUGUGGCCAUUGGAAGCGCUUUAAUCCCCCUGACGAUGUUGUUACUUCGCAUCCCAAUUUCAGUGAUAGAGAAGCUCGUCUCUCUCUGUCUAUGGAUACUAGGAGCCCUCAGUACUGCCAAAGACGAACAUGAGAAAUAGGAAGUCAAUGGUGGACUGGUCCAUGCUGACGGCAGCGACUUGAUGAAGGUGGAGUCGCUGCCUCCCGGCCUCCGGCCAAAGCUGAUGCCAAGGCACGUUGCAGUAAUCAUAGAUGGCAAUGGCAGGUGGGCUCGCCGCCGGUGGCUGCCGGCAUCGUUGGGCCAUGCAUUUGGAGCGCUGUCCUUGAGGGAUCUCAUAUGUAGUAAAUGGGGGAUUAGGGUGCUCACUGUGUUUGUAUUCUCUACCGAGAAUUGGUCUCGAAACAAGGUAGAGGUUCAAUUCUGAAUCCUGAUGGGUCUGAUCGUAAGAGCGAUUGAAUUCAAGCUGCAGAUUUAUUCAAGGGAUGGGGUGCGAAUAUCCAUCAUAGGAGACUCAUCAAAGCUUACCAAGUCAUUGCGACGAGUAUUGAUUAAGGUAGAGCAGUUGACAAAACAGAACUCCCAGUUCCACCUCAUUUUCGCGAUUAACUACAGCAGGAAAUCCGACGUAACCCAGGCCUGCAAAAGUAUUGCUCACAGAGUGAAAGAUAGUCUCAUCCAUCCAGAAGACAUUGAUGAGGAAUUGAUCGAGAAAGAAUUAGCAACCAGCUGCGUUGAGUUCCCUUGUCCAGAUUUACUAAUAAGGACAAGCGGUGAACUCCGACUGCGUAACUUCAUGCUGUGGCAAUUAGCCCAUACCGAACUUUACUUCACCCAAGCUCUCUGGCCUGACUUCGGGAAAACUGAGUUUGUAAAGGCAUUACGUUCGUUCCAACAGAGACAUGGGCCGUAUGGUUCACCCAACGACUAAUGAAAUAGCUAGCCAUCUAGUAGCUGGUUCAUUUGUGGUUUGGCUACUACCUCUUUAUCGUUGCUCUGCGGAUCUUCUCUUCA